AUGCUAAAUCAUUUUAUCUAUCAUGUUAUCUAUCUAUAUCUGAUUCUGUUAAAUCUAUCUAUCUAUCUAUCUAUCUAUCUAUUGAUCUAUCUAUAUAUGCAUUUGAUUCUGUUCAUAUCUAUCUAUCUAUCUAUCUAUCUAUGCAUGCUAAAUCGUUAUCUAUCUAUCUAUCUAUCUAUCUAUCUAUCUAUCUAUCUAUCUAUCUAUCUAAGGAUAUAUCUAUAUCUAUCUCCUCUACCAAGUCUUCAAAAGUUUUUAUCUUUUUUCUUUUCUUUCUUGUGUAGACAAAAUUCUCUUCCUGGUGACCAAACUCCCUCCUUUCUGCACUUAUUUUCCUCCCGUCCGCCUGGAAAUAACGCCUUUCAUUUACGGCCGCUAGAAGGUGGAAUUUUACUUAAACACGCGUUAAAAUACUUUUUGAAAACGCACGUGUUCGCUCCUUCGUCUUCUUCUCAAACGUCUUUGGCUCCAAACUCCACUUACGAACUUCUUUUCAAACUUUCUUUUCUGGGGCUUCUUCAAAACUUUCUCUGA